CUACCACCACAACAAAACAACAAACCUCCUCCCAACAAGCACCGCAAAAAUGUCAGCCCCCACCCCCGACCCCGUCCUCCCCCUCACAUCAGCCCCCAAAAUAGCCUCCCACACCCUCCACCACCCCUCCCACCUCCCCUCGGAGCUCUCCCAAGCCACCCACCGCAUCCACCUCGUCAACCACUGGGGCGGCCCGACGCUGAUCCGCCCCGGCGCCCGCGUCCUGGAGAUCGGCUGCGGGCAGGGCGGCUGCACGGCCGUCCUGGCCGAGGCCGUUGGGCCGCGCGGCGCCGUCGACGCCGUCGACCCGGGCGCGCCGGACUACGGCGCGCCAUACACGCUAGCGCAGGCGCAGGCGCACAUCUCGGCGAGCGCCGUGGGGGGUCGGGUCGCGUGGCACCGGGCGCAGGUGUUGGAUUUUCUUGGGGAGAAGGGGCAGGCGGCCGACAGGACCUGGGAUGUCGCCGUGUUGGCGCACUGCGUGUGGUAUUUCGAGUCCGGCAGGGUGCUGGAGGAUAUCCUGCGGGCGCUGCGGGGUCGGGUCGGCGCGGUGUGCGUUGCCGAGUAUGCGCUGCGGGCCACGGAGCCGGCCGCCGUGCCUCAUGUGCUGGCGGCGUUGGGGAGGGGCGCGCUGGAGGCGCAUCGGGUCGAGAGCCGGCAGAAUAUCCGGACGCCGCUGAGUCCCGAGGCGAUCAGGGGGAUUGCGCGGAAGGCGGGAUGGGAGGUUGAGAGCGAGGGGGUUGUCGUUCCGGAGCAGGGGCUGCUUGAUGGUCGGUGGGAGGCGGACAUGGUCGUCGGGCAAGGAUUUGAGGGGGAGAUUGAUGGGGCGGUUGAUGAUGAGAGGGUGGGCACUCUGCUGCGAUCCGCAAGAGCCGCCACCGUUGCUGCAGUGGAUGCUGUGGGAGGAGUAGACAAGGUCCAGACGAUGGAUGUCUGGGUUUCAGUAUUGCAUCUCUACCUGGCCCAGCUCCGGACACAAUCGACAGCCAACGAGCCAUAG